CUAAAGAGACAGAGAUGAUUAGCCCCGCUGAAUCCUAGAUGAUCGCGACUGUAUUCUCAGUCCGCACUAGCAGCUCCAUUUUCUCUAGCGUCCAUGACCGACGGGAUUGGCCUGCUGAUUGGAUCGAUACGCCUCUUGAAAUACUUGAUCGACCGACUGUCACUCUGCCCGAUCACGUUCCCCUGGAAUUUCGACAAUCACUAAUUAACGUCUUGAAUGGGUAUGUAGAGGUAUUGAGUGUGCGCGAUAACGAUAUUGGGCUGUCUAAUGUGAUCGAGCAUGCCAUCCUAACGGGGGAUCAUCCACCCAUUAACUGCGUUCCUUAUCGAUACUCGCCAGCCCAACGGGCAGCCCCGUUUCAGUGGAUCAAGGAAUUUGAAGCUAAUGGAUGGAUCGAACCCGCAAUAGGACCUUGGUCGUUUCCUGUGGUAAUAGUGCCCAAAAAGGCCGGAGGGAUUCGCAUAUGCAUUGAUUAUCGAAAGCUGAAUAAUAUCAAGAUCAAAGAUGUGUAUCCCCUUCCCCGAAUUGAUGUGUUGUUGGAUGUGAUUGGGAGUGCUCAAUUUUUCAGUAAGUUUGAUGUUCGACAUGGGUUUCAUCAUCUUCUUGUUCGAGAGGAGGAUCGUCCGAAAAUGGCGUUUGUGUUAUUCGAAGGAACCUGGCAAUGGGUUCGAUGUCCGAUGGGCAUCUGUAAUGCUCUCGCAACCUUCCGGCGAGCCAUGAAUAUGGCUUUCCAGAACUUUGUGCGGAAGACACGACUGGCACAGAGCAUUAUCAAUUAUUGCGUGAUCGUGUACAUGGAUGAUAUUCUGGUGUAUUCAAGUUCCUACGAAGGGCACGUGCAACACAUCGAGUGGACGCUGCACACUUUGAGAGAUGCUGGUUUCAAGGUGGCGCUCGAGAAAUGUGACGUGGACGCGGACCAGCGAGCAUCCUGCGUGCAUCGAGUGCCUGGAGCUGUUGAUCAUCCAGGCUUGGAGAACGGACGUGGAAGCCCCGCUCCGCACGUCAUCACGCGGGCAUUAGCACCGUAUCUUCAGUGGACUGCUUGCUUGGAGGAACCCGGGAGUGACAACACCUUGCCAUCGCGGCAGGAGUACUUGAAGCCGUACGGGAUCAUCGAUCGCGCCUUCUAUCCGAAGGAAGAACCUGAGGAGGCGCUUGAAGGAGACGAGGAAGCUACUGAAGAAGAGGGCGACGCCGACGAAGAAACGUCGGAGGAGGGAAGUUACAGUGAGUACAGCGAAGGGGAGCAAAGUGAAGAAGAGGAGGAGGUAGAAGAAGAAGAAGACGAAGAGGAGGAAGUCGGAUCGGAGUGGGAGGACUUGCCGGAAGAAGCGGCGCGAACAGGCACGGAGGCGGAAAAUCCCGAAGCGGCCCGAAGAAGGGAAGAGAUCGCCGCCGGGAAAAGCCAGUUGGAGAUCGCUAGCGAGGCGAGCCUGUGUAUCAACGACGACACAACCAGGGAUCCAGAGCCCCCCGAGCCCGAAGAUGGCGGAUCAGCAACCGCGGCUCCAAGCGCAUCGCGACGGAGACGGAGCCGAUCCCCCUCCCCCUCCCCCUCCACCCCAACCCGUCCCCCAAUUCGUCCACGUACCGAUGGGGGGAAUCGGCCUUCGUCCCCGGUCAUUAUCCCGCCGUCCCCUUGAUUACCUCACCCUCUGCCAGAUCUCUACCCCCGUCACCUUCCCUCGCAACCUCUUUCCUCCCAAUACCUUCCGUCACUUUUACUCCACCCGU